CAACACGGUAAUCAAAAAACUAAUAAAUUUUAUUCUUUCGAUUCAUUAUUUUUUUCCCUCUCCUUUUGGAAUUAACGAAAGGGCUUUUCUUUCUAUUCACCGAAAAGGAGCAAUAAAAUAAAGAUAGAAACAGAGGACUCUGUUCCUGUGCAUGUGAUUGACACCCUUUUUUUUUUCUGAUUGUUUCCUGAGAAAAUUUUGGAUAAAAAAUCGGAACUUGAAGCGAAAAGGAAAUAUGGGUUUGAUUCAAUUUGUCAAAUCAAUCAAUUGGGAACAAGAAGCUUACCCUGCUUAUGAAGAUUUCAUUGUUCUUCCUUUCUUUGCUAUGUUCUUCCCCUCUGUUCGAUUCUUUCUCGACAGAUUCGUCUUUGAGAAAGUUGGAAGGCGGUUGAUAUUUGGAAAGGGACACCAGAUGCUGGAUACAAAUACAGAAGAGAGAAGGAAGAAGAUUAGAAAAUUUAAGGAGUCGGCUUGGAAAUGCAUUUAUUAUCUUUCAGCUGAAAUUCUUUCUCUCUCAGUAACUUAUAAUGAGCCCUGGUUUAAGAAUACAAGAUACUUUUGGGUAGGGCCAGGAGAUCAGGUCUGGCCUGAUCAAAAAAUUAAAUUGAAAUUAAGGGGACUUUAUAUGUAUGCUGCUGGAUUUUAUACAUACUCUAUAUUUGCUUUGAUUUUCUGGGAAACAAAGCGUUCUGACUUUGGAGUCUCAAUGGGUCAUCAUGUUGCAACUGCCAUCCUUAUUGUGCUAUCAUACAUAUUUAGAUUUGGCCGUAUUGGUUCAGUUGUUCUAGCAAUUCAUGAUGCGAGCGAUGUAUUUCUGGAGAUAGGGAAGAUGAGCAAAUAUAGUGGUGCUGAAACAAUUGCUAGCUUUGCAUUUUUAACCUUUGUUUUGUCUUGGGUCUUACUGCGCCUCAUAUGCUUCCCUUUCUGGGUCCUCUGGAGUACAAGGUUUGUAUAA